GUGGUGUCCCACUCGUCAUAUUUUCUCAGGAACAUGAUGACCACUAAAGCCAAUAUGGAAUAAGUUCAAGUGGAUAAAAUAGCCAAGAUGGCCUCAUCUCAACUCCAAUUCCCUUGAGAUUCAGGACACCCAAAGUAUAGCAACAUAUUCCUUCUAGUGCGCUCACCUCCAUACUUCAUUCGUUUCCUAGGUAGAAGAAACUUUGAGGGAGAUCUUGAGAAAACAUGGGAGGAAAUCGGACGGUGGGCGUCGGCAUGGACUACUCUGCGUCGAGCAAAGCGGCGGUCCGGUGGGCCAUCGAUAACUUGGUCGGCAGCGGCGAUCGCAUCGUUGUGAUCCAUGUGCAGUCCGGCAAGUCUGAUCGUGCACAGAAGCAGCUGUGGGAGGACUCGGGAUCACCCUUGAUUCCUCUUGAUGAGUUUAGAGAGAUGAACUUACCAAAGCAGUAUGGGAUCAAUCCGGAUAGGGAGGUGCUGGAUAUCCUAGACACUGCAUCCAAGACUAAGCAGGUGAUAGUGGUCUCCAAGAUUUAUUGGGGUGAUCCAAGGGAGAAGCUCUGUGAUGCAGUGGAGGACCUAAAACUAGACUCACUUGUAGUUGGAAGCAGGGGCUUAGGAUCCUUUAAAAGAUUGUUGCUUGGAAGUGUUAGCAGCUAUGUGGUGUCCAAUGCCUCUUGCCCGGUCACAGUGGUGAAGGGAACACCCAUGUCUAAGGCCUAGGAAGGGAUUUGUGCAGAAGACUUGAAUGUUAUUAUAAUCAUAUUACUGUGGUUAUCCAAAUAGCAGUACUUUAUAUUACUGUGAGGUGCUGAAUUUUAUUGGCUUAUUCAUGUUGUGUUUAUCAGACCUUUUAUACGUUAGGCAUGUUUAGUUGUGACUUUAUGGUAAGGUCCGUUCUUUGUUAUCCUUUUAUGUUUAUUUUAUCACCUCAUUGAAGUUGCUGCAUUUGUUAUUACUAGAUGGAGAAGAUUAACUGUGUAUGAUGGAUAUAA